AUGGUACUGAAUUCCCUGCUCUCAACGACAAAAGCCCCUGUGAACUACGCCAGUACAGUAACCUCAAGUACGACACACAGUAAAACGUUUCCAACGACAAAGAAAGAUAAAGACAAGAAGUUUAGCAUAAUAACGCCAUCAGCAUGGGUGGAUAUUCGCUUGGUUAACAGAAAAGGGAUAAAUCUGGUCUUGUUUGCAAAUGGCACUGUAGCUGGUACUUGGAAUAACUCUCUCACAAAAGUCUUUGGUAUGUGCCAGUAAACCUAUUACACUGCAUUAACAUAUACAUGAGAAAGAUAAUUUGUUGAACAUGACUUUGAUAACUGCCUCCACCCUUUUAAAGCGCAACAGCACGUCCUCACAAAUGAAGUGUCUUACGACCAAGUUAUUAGCUGUGGUCACACUACAGACUACCUAGGUAAACUCGACUUGUUGACAGUUUAGCUGAGGAAACUUGAUUUUUUAAGUGUGACCGAUUUUUCCCUGGGUAACUUACCUCGGGGAAAUUUUAUCGUCUAGGGCAUGAAUAUGUCUUGAGAACACUAGACUUUCCCUUGACAGGUACUCCAAAGCGAUAGCUUAAUAGGAAAAAUGAAAUACUGAGGUUGCUAGCCAAUAGACGCUCAUCGGCGAUGGUCUUGAUGACAGAACCGAACAUACCUCACGCGGUGAAAGAACGAGUCGCACGAGUCGUCUACGUCUUCGCCUGUCUUCACCUUGCACGUUGAAUUAGCGUAAGAAAUAACAGCGAGAUAAAAGAAAAAACGUCUCUUUGAUAUAGGCUAGAUCCCUGCAUAUCUUGCCUUCUUGAAUUUACGCUCCAAAAAAUUCAACUUUGCGUGAAAACCUUCGGAGCCGAUAUCAGUAGUGUGAGCUUCCCAGAAUUUUUACCUAGGUAAAACAAAACCCGAGAUGAAUUUACCUCGGGAGAUUUUUGAUGGUAAAUCGGUUUUACCUAGGUAAAAGCCCGUAGUGUGACCACAGCUAUUGAAUUCUAAGUAGUAGUGACAAUGUUUAUUCAAAGUGGUUACAGAAAGGGCCUUUCAUCGGAGGAACUACAUCUCUAAAGACCUAUUUGCCACCCCAGCCAACUGGAAAAAACAACAGAUUUUUUAUCCAAGCGACAAGGACGGAUGAUAGAACGCACGGAUAAGAUACUUGGUAUCAACUACCAAGAGAGUGCAGGUUGACGCCAUCUAUCUUGACUUCGCUAAAGCCUUCGACAGGGUUAACUACAAAGUGCUGUUCAAGAAGCUCCACCGAUUCGGAAUCAGCGGUACCCUGUCGGCUUAGUUCAAAGACUAUGUCACUGACCGCGUCCAAGUCCGCGUCCUCCUUGUUUUAUCAGGCGUGCCACAAGAAUCAAUACUUGGACCACCAUUAUUCCUCAUACCGUAUUUAUUCGAUUAACCGCCCUGGGCGCUUAUUAAAUUUUUGGACCUUGAGAGUGGGCGCUUAUUAAAUUUUCACCAUUUUCAGCAAGUGAAGUAUGUUUAUUUUCCAACAAAACGCGAAGAAGUAACAAAGCAAGCUUUCUGUAAAAUACUCUGAAGAAAACUCCGUCUUCGGGGAAGUCCCUUAUUAGAAUUUAUUCACUCAAGUGGGUGGGGUGGGGGUGAGCGCUUAUUUGAGUUUGAUUGGGAAAAAGAGGGGUUGGGCGCUUAUUCGAGGCUGGGCGCUUAUUAAAUUUUUCUGCCUUUAGGAUGGGCGCUUAUUCGAGGUGGGCGCUAAUUCGAAGUUGGGCGCUUAUUCGAAUAAAUACGGUAUGUGAAUGACCUUGCUCACAUGGCGACCUCAACAUCUGUUUGCCUCUUUGCCGAUGACAAGAAGUGCUUCCGGUUGAACAAAAGUAUGGAGGAUGGUGCUUGUUCCCCCCUUCGUGAAGUAUAAAAUGGCAUCUAAAAAUUUUCGGAAAAAUAUAAUUGUAAUUUCGAAACGGUUUAACUUGCCUUAGGAUGACAGAACAGAGACAAAUUCCAUAGCGCUGCUUAGAAUGAAUUUCUAGAGAUCUAAAACUACUUUGGCUGGCCUAAAAAGUGUUUUCAACGUAUUUAGGAGGGAACCAGAACUAGUAGUCCAAGUUUAAUUCCGUUGAGUUUAAGAAGACGUGACCAGGCAGCUGCAGUUUUCGAAAAAACAAAAGAGUGACUAACUUGAAUCUAAUCUUUAUUUUCAGGUCUCUUUCGUAUUCAGUCUCACGGUCCAAGCUUAGUGAAGCUGAAAAGUUUGAAGACAAAGAAAUACAUUGCAAUAAACAGCUUAGGAAAAAUUUACUCCACGGUAAUAAUCAUUAAACUGGACAUCAUUAAGGUUCUCUCAAUAAUAUGUGCUCUUUUUAAAACAUUAUUUCCAACCUCGCAGUUAGGGUUUCAUCUUAAAUCCUGAGAGAGGGAGAGAGGGAGCGCUCAAACUAGAUUUAGCUUUUUGUUUUUGUUUGUUUUUUUUUUGGGCGGGGGGGAGGAUCUGUGACAGAGAAUAUUUGCAUAUGGCUGAAUCCUUGGUUUGCCUUAGUUAUAUUGGUCGAUGUCACCUUGAAUGGGAAACUGGAUAUUGCGUCACUCAUCACCGACUUUUGGGCGCAGGUUACACUGUAAAAAUUGCCUAACGUCUGAACAUGUAGGCUACGAGCAUACAGCUUUUCUAGCGUGCUAUUAAAACACAGGGAAACCUCUAUCAAGAGGACACCUUCGGGACCUUUCCAAGUGUCCGCUUAAUAGAGUUUGUAAAAAAGAACUUUUAGGUGAACUUUGAUGGCGGAUGACAAUCAUACGGCCGGAUAUCAGUCUAAUCUACAGUUUAUUGACAGCUAAAUGUAUUGAUUUAUCCUUAUUAAUCGACUCCAGUUCGUAUUUCAAGAACGUAAUCCAAUAUCAGUCCGGUGUCCGCUUAACAGAGGUUUUUAACAAAAGAAAUAAGCCAAGUACAAUUUAUUUUAGUGUUCGCGUCCGCUUAAGAGGGAUUCUUUAUAAAGGAAAAUAUAAGACAUUAAUUUCGGAACCCUGCUUAGUGUCCGCUUAAUAGAGGUUUCACUGUAUUGCGAACGGAAUCUCAGUGACGCACAGGUAUCCUUGAAUUCCGAGAACUCGUAUAGUACUUAUUUCAACUGUAGCUUUCCCCUCGGCAACUUUUUAGAACAGUGAAUAAAGUAUUUUCCAAUUAUUUUACUGACGGUUUUUCUAACAAAAACGUUGUAUGUACAUUUGAAUCAGUUUGCUGUGAGGAGAAAGGAGAAUUCGAUUUAACGGUGUGAUUGUUUUUUAGGGUAUUUUGUCCAAUCAAGAAGCGUUGCUAGUACAUGAAAAGGAAGAAAAUCAUUUCUAUUCAUUCAGUUCGUACUUAUACCCAACUGAGCGUACAAAUGUGACAAAGAGAUGGCUUCUAGCAAUUGGCUCAAAAGGACGAAUAAGGAACGCUACAAGAGUGUCGCAACGACACAAAUCCCAUCAGUUUCAAAUUAUUGAAAUUCGAAAGGAUGCCAGUCAAAGAGAACCAACGUUUGCGGACUUGGAUGCGAUAUUCAGAGACUUACAGAAUAAAGGCAAAGAACAGUAA